AUGGAAACACCUCGGAAAGAGCCAGACGAGUCACGUGCCCACGGGGAGGUUUCCGGAGAUGUCCUACGCAUGCGCAUUCAUAGCGGAGUGUUGGAAGUCUCUCCUAUCCUCCCACAUCCUCCUUUCUCCAUCCCGCAGCUGGGUCCUUUGUCUGAGUCGGAUUGUAGAGCUGUAAUCUGGUGCUGUAUCAAAGACAGGGGUGUUUCCAUCAUGACUUCGCGCGGAGGUGCAAAAUUAACUGGAUUUAUUGGAAAUGACCAAAAGCCAAAGGAAAGAGUUGUUCAUCAAUAUCACAUGAGUACUUCCCAAAAAUCGGAAAUCCGGAAAUUGAACUCGUGGUCAAGUCUGACUCAGGUGGUUGAAGAGGACAGACACCAUGAACGGCCAGCUGGACUUGAGCGGGAAGCUGAUCAUCAAGGCCCAGUUAGGCGAUGA